UAGGAAUUGUUAAUAUUCGUUGCGUAUUGUCAUAUCGAUUAACAUCAAGCCUUUAAAGGCACCAAGCGGCCUUUCACGCGCUCGUCGCACAAAACGCAUUAAUACUACGCCACCAGAUUUACCAGACAUUACAACGCUUCUAUAGACGCGGACCCGAUACAACCCAGCACGUUACGCUCGGUCGCGGAAGCUUCGGAAGAUAGGCUCCUCGCUCGGGUGGCGACAGCGGGCGGGAAAAGCGGAUGGAGGCUCAGGUUGCGAACGUUAACCAAGCAAUCGACUCACUUCUGCAGCAGCUAGAGAACGAGGGCGUAUUAGACGAGCAGUUUCAGCAGCUCUUGCAACUGCAAGAUGACAGCAACCCCGAUUUUGUUGCGGAGGUUGUGCAGCUAUACUUUGAGGACUCGGUACAAAAAAUAGAACGCAUGGGGGCGAUGCUUAGCAGCGCGCCACCGGAUUUCAAGGAGCUCGACCAACUGGUGCAUCAGUUCAAGGGCAGCAGCGCGAGUCUCGGCGCCGCGACCAUCGCGCAGCUCUGCAUCAAGUUGCGGGAAGGUUGCCAGACGCAAAACCAGCAAAUGUGUCUGGCGUUGCUUGGCCAGCUACGAGACGCUUACUGUCUGCUCAAAAACAAGCUGGACAUCUUCAUGGGUUUGGAGCAACAGCGCAAGCAGCUGCUAGCUGGCAUGGCCCGGUGAUGAGCCGGGAGAGAAGAUGCGGCCGGAGAAGCGGCUGUGCAUGUGGCCAGCAGCCGGGGCCCUCCCUGGGUUGUUACCCUUGCUAGGCUGGCGAGCACAUGGAAGCCAAGCAGUUGCUGCUGCUGAUGGUGCUGAUGGUGCUGGUGGUGGGGUGCGCUAACGCCGCGGGGGCUGCUGCACUGUAUCGCUGCGGGUAUCGCGUGAUGGUUGUUGUGGCAGCAGCAGCAGCGGGGCUGCUAAGUGUGUACACGGCAGCAACCAGUGGCGGAGAGGGGCGCCCGUCUCAGGCGGGGUGCGUCCUUGGAGGCUGCUGGGAGAUCAAUCAUGGCAGCAGCGGCAGCAGGAGCAGCAGCAGCAGCAGUGCGGGAUGUGUGCGGGCGGUGCCACUGCUGCAAAACAUGCCGGGGUCCGAGCACGGGGGUAUGUACUGGAAGCCGGCCAAUGCCCCGAACAGCAGUGACCCCUGGGUCGCCCAUGCAUGCGCGGAUGUCAGCUCCCCAUGCUGAUUUCGCGCGUGUGUGUAUUGAUUCCGCGGCGCCGCCUCGAGAUCAUGCUAUUCGGUGAUUUCUGUGGCCGUGAUUCUGUCAGCGUUGGCUGGGGGCGGGUCGGCAGCUGCGGUCUGCCCCGCAGCAAACACGGAGGAGGAGAACUUGGUUGACAAGCGAGGGGGGUAUGUGUGACAGCGUUGUUGGUGGUGACGGCAGCGGCUGUCACUGCUGUCGUUUUGGGGUCUCACGGUGGGAUUUAAACGGUUACAGCUUGAUGAGUAUGGAGGUGUGUUGGUGUGUGGAAGGUGUACGGGCGUGGAAGGUGUACGGGCGUGGAAGGUGUACGGGCGUGGAAGGUGUACGGGCGUGGAAGGUGUACGGGCGUGUAGACAGAGCAGCUCGUCCGAAUGGCUUUGGUGUUUGGGUUGUGUGAAUUGUUUGUUGCGUAUGCUUGACCUAUGUUGUGUCGGAAGUUACAGGGAGGGCGGCUUUACCGGUAUCGUCAACACAUGAGAUGAAUGGGAUGAAGCAAGGGCAGGGCGCUCAAUGCUGGCUGGUUUGGUGCAAUAACGCACGGUUUUGUGGAUGGCGGAGGGGUGCAAGGGGUACAAAGCGGGUUUUACGAUGGCAUAGCAUCUGCUGGUGUAAGAUUGCUAAAAUGGGCCACGUGCCGUUGCCCGACACCUCCACUUGAAAACGGUGGGUGGGCGCAGGGUGUGCGGUUGCUUCCUUGCCUGGUUUGGUGUUAGGAAGCAGCAGGUUUGGGUUGCAUCCGGGUUGACUACAUGGGGUACAAUUGCCAUGUAUGGGGACGUGCACGCCUUCAGGGAAAAAUAUGGUUGGGUUGCCGCCCUUUGCCCUACGUUGCCUUUAACGCCUUACAAAGUUUGUUGCUUUAGCCGUUUAUGGCUUUCUGUUGUGUUAUGUUCAGUCAUGGUUGUUUAACUUGUCGGUUACGUGCAACAUGUCAGGAUAGCUAUGUAAAAUGACGAACAGUGCUCGUCACCAGCUCGUGUGGGAUGCCGCUGAGGUCGACCAUGCGGUCCGGUGAGGUGCUAUUUCCUUAAUAGGAAGAACUUGUGAUAUUAAAAGACAUACAUAUAACAUUGCGGUGCGGUGCGGUUGGCACAGGCGACUCUCCUUGGCGUUGUCUCCCCCUUGGAUGAUGAAUGGAAAGAUGAAUGCGGAAUGAGUGGAUUGGAAAGGGUUAAAGAGCAGCAAGGAGUGUAGUAGUUGUCGGAGCCUGACUUCUCGUUUGACUGUUGAUUGCAGAAGAGGCCCGGUGACCGGAGGAGGUGCAGCCGUGUCACGGGUCUCGCGAGGGGGUUUUCCGGUCCAGACCUCUUACCGGAAAGGACCUCUUUACCUGCCUUGUGCUUUUCCAAGGUAUGGUACAUUUGUACCUAGGCGAAAAGGGUUGCAAGCCCUGCCAUGGGAGGUUGGCCUGUUGAGGGAAUACGGCUCCGGACCUAGGUGUACGAACCAUUUUUGCCGUUCGUAUGCUGAAACCGGUGGGGGUGGCAAUCCACGGCUUCGCCUCCUCCUCGCUGCGAUCGUUACCAGAGCGAUCUGCAUUACCACGAAACCCAAGUUCACAUGCAUGCUCCAGCAUGCUUGUUGACCUUACCGCU